AUGUUCCACUGCUUUUUGUCUGACAUUAACCCACACAUUAGAGAAGUCGCUGCACAAGUUGCUCCACAAAUAUUGGUACCAACGUUACAGGUGUUAUAUCGCCUAAACACUGCAGCAUCUAUUAAUAAGUACGCGACAUCGUCGUUGACAGCUACUGGAGUAUUACGAGUGUCACAGUCGAUUGCACUCUCAUAUAUCAUACAAAGUGCAUCCCUCCCUACAAAGUCGCACUUCUUGUCUGAGUGCUGUAUACCACGCUCACCUAACCCAUUACAGCAGUUUGAAGUGUCUAUUGCUUCUGACUUGUUGACACUAGUUCCCUUCAUAUUGUCGCAGUCCUUCGACAAGUUGCCGCCUUUGAUACAAAUCAGUGGGUUACAUGCCUUUGUGAGAAGUUUGCGGUACUUGUGCAGAACACCAAAUAGUGAAGAAGUGCCAAAAGUGGUGAAGCGGUGUUACAAUUACUUAUUAGAGAUCAUACGAGUGGUGUUGACUGUGCAUCACCCCGAGUCUGUUGUACCGUAUAAGUACACUUUACCUAUUGAAUUACUUGCUCGUGAGAUGUGUGUAAUAAAUGCACGGAGUGAUGGAAUUGAUAAUCCAGUGAUUUCAUUGAGUGAAGAAGCCUUCUUUGCAGUUGCAGUGUUAAUGCGCCGGAUCCGACCAGAGAAAGAAAUCUUCAGUUUGUUCAGACUCUUUCUUGAUGAGCAUCCAAUACCAAUCCACUUGGGGAUCAGAGAGAUCAUUCGGUUUGGUCUGAAACCAUAUACAAAGUCCGAUUAUGAAAUAUUAGAUGUCUUAUCACUUGAAGCGGAUGCUGUACACGACUUUAAAGUGCCUGAAAAGUGUAUUGAAGUCUGGGCUGAUGUUGCUGGGUUGACUUCUUCUGUGAUGAAAUUGGUAGACAACGACGCAUUACGAAAUGUCGAAUCGGCAGUUGUGUCGAGAUGUGCCCUUUCUAUAGUACUUGCUGGAAUUAAGUUUGGAAUUCCUGUUGUAACUACUAAGGGAAUGUUCUCUGUUGAUAAUGAGGAGGACUAUAUACCCUCAGACUUCAAAGGACUAUAUUCCAUGUUAAUGACUGGAGUUGAAGACGAUACGAAAAGGUACUCAAAAAUGUCACCAAAACCACAAUAUAUCACCCAUUUUGCAGUUCUCCCACCCCUUGAAGUCGAACGGAUUGGAGAAGUUGAGAGAAAAGGAGAGAAAAGCAGUGAAAGUGACACCAUUCGACUGAGUAAAUCGCCAAUGAAACAAAAGACGACGAAACAAGCAAUUGAAAGUUCUGAGGAAUUGUUACUUGAGCGAAGGGGACUUGAAAAGAUUAUAAUGAUGAUGGAGGAGAUCAAGAAGUUUGUGACUCAAGGAGUCCGCAUGUCGGACCACUUCUUGACACUUUUGUAUGUCAUUAAAUUUGCGCGAAAGACAUUUGCCACGUUGAUUGAAUAUACGCCGUCAUAUAUAGAUAACUACUUAGAGUCAAUAGACAUCAAAGGGACUGCAGUAGCGCAUCAAAAGAGUGGUGAGAGUGGGUUAGAGUUACUUGGGCACUUAGUCUUUGAUAUAGCGGACUACCCCAACAGUGACAAAGCUCUUUGUCUUAUAACGAAAUUGCAAAAGAUGUUGAUUGGGUUUUCUAUAUGCUUUGAUGUCCUUUUGAACUCAUUAAAGGGGGAUGGGGUAUUAAGAAAAUUACGAGGGGAAGUAGUCAUUCCAUUAUACUUCUCUGCUAUUAUGCAAAACUUUGUGAAAACAGACAAAGACUUAACAGCGGAGUUUAUUUAUCGAGUGGAAGACUUGGAUGUCGAAGACGCUUUAAUGAUAGCGAGGUGUUCCUGUCCAUUAUUGAAAGUCAAAGUAGCAGAAGAACAACUGAAAAAUACACGUCCAGAUAUAGCAAGAGCUUUACAUGGUGAAACUCCAUCGAUGACGCCGAUCUUUAAAGAGUUUGAAGGGAUAGAAAGUACUCUAAUGGAACUGAGCAAACAAAAAGAAUUGUCCUUUGCGUUUUUCCAUUCGCUCUUUGAGACGUUUAAUAUGUGUCUUCCAAUGCGGUUGAUUGAAGCUCUAUCAUAUAGUUGUUUAAAUAAAAAGAAUAACAUGUAUGUGGAAAGAGUGAUUGACGAGUCUUUACCUGAAGACUAUGCACAGAAAGUCGAUGUUUUGAGUCAAUUUCUACCAAAAACACAGCCAAGUCUUAGUUUAGUUCAAACAACCACUAGCAAAGACUUUUGGGAGGUCCAACACUAUUUUGAAAGAAGAUUGCCGGCACUUCGAGAUACGGCACGACAAGAAUGCUUCAAUGGGCAAUUAAUGUUAUAUAUAACAAAACGACAUCCAAGAGAUAUUUUAAUGUAUUUACAUCACCAGUUUUUGGACCGAUUUACUACUAUGAUACCAACGAAUCAUGUCCUCUUUGGCGUCGAUUUUAAAAAGAUUUUAAUGGACCGGUUGUGGGAAAAUCAAACGCCCCCAGUGAAUUCGACACAAAGCGCAUUGAAGGCACUUGUAUCGAUGCAAAACACACUUCCUAUCUCUUUACAACUCAAAGAGGAAUUCAUCGAGAAUUUAUUUAGAGGCGGAGAGAACGAAUUGGUGGUGUCGUGUUUACUCACACAUAAAAGUUAUAUGACGUUUGGACUGGAUAAUUCUAUCACUUCGAAUGUCACCCACUCGAAACCAUAUUUGGAGGAAUACGUCUUCACUUUUACUAAGAAGUAUCUUCUAAAUGAUAUCCAAAAACUCUUUUUGAAAGACCCAUUGAAAUACAUUCGAAUUGUUGUGCCGUGUUUGGCCCAAUUUCGCCCACGACAACUCUAUGAAAUUUAUCGAAGAACACUCACCGUCGAAUGCGCGCGAUCUGAUUAUUUGUUACUGAUGUACACUCAAGCGACUUGUGCGACAGUUUUAUUGAUAGCUCCCGAGUACAACAUCAUCACGCCGCCACUGUCUAUCAUCACGUUGAUAUCGUUCCAUCACGAAUUGAUUUUUGUCGUCAAUGCACUGCUCGCCGAUGAAGCAACGCGACAAAUGACGCUCACGACUAUUCAAAAAUUGUCGCAACGAGUCUUGGGAUGUGAACGAGUCGUCGACGGUAUAACAAAGAAGGCAGACUCUUGGGAGAAAAAUUUGGUCCUCAGAUUCUUGUGGGACUUGCUUAGUAUAUCAACGGAAAUACCUAAACUCGACAACAUCAUUGUCGAAGAUGUCUUCGGCUGUGUCGUAGACAAACCAAUCAUCGACAGAAGGGAUCAACUUCUUGUCUCUCUCAUACAAAUAUUGUAA